AUGUCCUUUGAACUUGGACAUAUAGCCACCACAACAGCCAAAAUUACUACCCACGUCGAGUCGACACCGAUUCACCCAAAGGCUCAAACGACCACGACGGCGACACAACCUCCCAUGGCCGAGACCAGUGCACGACCGGCCCUGCCUAUCGCGUCGCACGAAGAGGGAUCGUAUCAACUUAGUAUAGGGAAUGAAAACAUGCUUGGACUUGCACAGCCCACAGUGUCUGUGGUACUAUCUGAGGUACUCGAUGCCCUGGAGAAUUUCAUUUGGAAAAGAUGGAUACAAUUCAAUUAUACCGAGGCUGAAAUGCAACAAGCAAAAUCACAUUUUUAUAGUAAUACCAGAUUUCCUGGGGUAAUCGGUUGUGUUGAUGGUACACACAUCAAAAUUGUGGCUCCCAAAAAGGAGUUGCAGCAUUUAUAUUACAACAGAAAAGGAUUCUUUAGCAUUAAUGCUAUGAUUGUUUGUGAUCAUACAAUGAACAUACGGUAUAUAAAUGCAAAGAAUCCGGGCAACGCAUGA